AUGCCUGUGGCGAGCAAAGAACGUCUUGACGACCCGGAGGAUGAGCGAGGUGUGACGACGUCUUCUGCCGACCGGCCAUCCCGGUCCCCACCUGGCAUGGAAACAGAUCGUCAGGCAAGUUCAAGAACCUAUGGGCCACUGUGUGUACGUUCCUCGUGCAUACAUACCCGACUGGAACGUAAUCUCGGCUCGGAUUCGAUUUUUCUGCCAACGAGACAAUUAGUACGAUUUAAAAAAAAUGAAGAAUACGACAAAGGUGGUCGGUUUACCGGCAAAGACCGAUUUGUAAAGAGCAAUGGCCUCGGGUGGCCCCACCGAGUUCAUUUCACCGUUCCUCUGUCACAGCAGUCGCCUAUUACCGUACCCUUGCCCUUGCUCUCACAUUUCCACCACGGUUGAACUUCGCAGAUGAUCGACUUCCUGGUUCACCUCGGACGGGACCAUUGA